AGAAAGGAAUGGGAGUCUUUCAGAUACUCGAGGCUACCAAGACUUCCUCGACCUCCCAGCCGAAGAAAGGAGCAGCUACGUCAUCGUCUGCUUCCACUCUCUCCGCCAUGACUCAGAUGGGCCAAUUCAAUGGGAAAAGCCCCAAGGAUGAGGCGAUCCAGUCCAUCGAGAAUUGGUUCAGCUCAGAGCUAAAGUCGUUCAUGGGAGGUGCUCCCAAGAAGUGAAGGAAGAAGGAGAGAAGUUUCAGAGCACAACGUUGAUGGAGGAGAUUCUGUUUCAUUACACGCCGUAUGCUUC